GACCCACGCGCAGCGAGAGAACCCCAGACGGACCCCAGGGCCGGCCGCCUGCCGGGAACCCGAGGGGCUGAAGUUCAGCCCCACCCCCGCCUCCGCCUACCCCUCCGACUCCGGACACACUUUCCCUCCCACCGCCGCCCCAGCCCUCCUGCCGCCCGCACGAAGGUCCCGAGGAGCGCAGAGGGUAUUCCUGACCAUGGGGACAGCCGACAGUGGUGAGAUGGCCCCCGAGACCCCACAGCCCACCCACAUUGAUGUGCACAUCCACCAGGAAUCUGCCCUGGCCAAGCUCCUGCUGACCUGCUGCUCUGCGCUGCGGCCCCCAGCCACCCAGGCCAGGGGCAGCAGCCGGCUGCUGGUGGCCUCAUGGGUGAUGCAGAUCGUGCUGGGGAUCUUGAGUGGGGUCCUCGGAGGAUUUCUGUACAUGCGCAGGUUCACCCUCCUGGUCAGCUCGGGAGCUGCCAUCUGGACAGGGGCUGUGGCUGUGCUGGCUGGAGUUACUGCCUUCAUUUACGAGACACGGGGUGGUACCUACUGGUCUCUGCUGAGAAGUCUGCUAGAGCUGGCAGCUUUCUCCACAGCCAUUGCUGCCCUCGAGCUUUGGAACGAAGAUUUGCGAUAUGGCUACUAUUAUGGCGACAGUUUGUGCCGCAUCUCUACCUUCAGUAACUGGUACAACACCCCAGCCCCCACUGACAGUCCAGAAGAAGUCAGAAGGCUCCAACUGUGUACCUCCCUCCUGGACAUGCUGAAGGCCUUGUUCAUUACCCUUCAGGCCAUGCUCUUGGCUGUCUGGAUUCUGCUGCUUCUGGCAUCUCUGGCCCCUCUGGGGCUGUACUGCUGGAGAAUAUUCUCAGCCAUAAAGUGGUGGCCCAGUCCAGAAAGCCCCUGUCCCCAACCAAGUGGCCUCCAAGCCAAAGAGCCCAGUAAUCCAGGGAAGUCCAUAUCCGUGCUAUGCCUUUGCAUCAGAAAAGAGACAAGAAGGAGAUGUUGGAAUGAGUGGAAUCUAGCCAUGCGUCUCCUGAUAAUAGCACCUGGUGCGCCUGCACUGGGCAUCCCUGCAUCUGACUGCUGGAAGAAGAACCCGACUGGGGAAAAGAGACUCUCCAACAGCCCCAGUUAUCCUGCCCCUAGGACCACGGCCACAGCCCUGCUCCAGCAGCGCUUGCCCAUUCCUUGCACCCCUUCCCCCAUCCUGCUCCGCUUUAUGCCCCCUCCUAAGCAGUCAUGUGAUAAUAAACUCUCACGUUAUCAUGCCCAGGUUCUUGCUUAGUUAUUCCCAGGAAUU